GAAUCAGGCAGAAAAAUACAGACAACAAAUUGAUGGUUGCCAGAGGGGAUGGUAGGGAGGGACAUGGGUAAACUGAUUGAAGAGGAAUAGAAGAUACAGACUUCCAGUUAUAGAAUGAAUAAGCUACAGGGAUGAAAGGUACAACAUAAGGAAUAUAGUCAUUGACAUUGUAAUAGCAUUGCGUGGAGACAGAUAACAGGCACACUUGUGAGCACAGUGUAACGUCUAGAGAUGUUGAAUCACCACAUCGUACACCUGAAACUAAUGUAACAUUGCAUGUCAACUAUAUCCAAAUACAUUUUUUCAAAAAAUAAGCCCUUUCCCUAGUCCCCAUUGACCAAUUUGCUGGUGGUUUUAUUUAGAACCAUAUAUUCAUCACAUUGUUUUUGCAGGAGCACACAUUCAUUCUACUGUUUAAAUUUAUGUGUUAAAACCCCAAAGGUCCUAACUUGAAGGACAUUAAAUGAAUUAAUCAGUGCAUUUGAAGAUGAUUCUUUUCCUGCCCUAAGAGAUACAGAGCCAACACUGGGAAGAGGGUUUGAUCUCCCAAAUCAGAGGCACUUCAUAGACUCUAUGCCAUUAAGAAAGGCCCAGCAAGGUGAGGGCUCCCAGUACAAUAGAAUUUACUGUAUUUUAAAAGUGAUACUUUUAAAACAUGAUAGCUAGAGUACCAAGACUUUUCUUUGUCCUCAGAUAAGUGCACUUGCAGACAGGGAAUCAGGAUCUUUGCAAGAACCAUGGCAGAUUUAGACUCUGUCCUGUGUCUCUGGCUGGGUUUCGGAGCCAGGAAGGCAGCCCCUGAACUAUCAAGCAGCAUGCCAAAGUUAAUCAUUGGCCCUGCCGAGUACAUGGCAAAUCAGGCUGUUUUUGUGUGCCCGUUUUUCUAUUUUACGUAAAUCACCCCGAACAUGUUUGCAUCAACCUACUGGUGAUGCACCUUUGAUCAAUAGAUUUUAGACAAAAGUGGUUUUUGAGUCCAAAGAGCAGGGCUGGGUUGACCUGCAGACUGGAUACAGGGUGUAUAAAAACAGGGGCAAGGCACAGGCUGAUAGCAGAGCAAUCACCACCAAGACUGUAAUAACUGCAAAGGCUCAGCUGAAGGGUGCCCGAGGGGCCACGGAGUAAGGAUGGAGAAAGGAAUGAAUGUUCUUCAUGACUUUGGGAUCCAGUCAACGCACUACCUCCAGGUGAAUUACCAGGACUCCCAGGAUUGGUUCAUCUUGGUGUCCGUGAUUGCAGACCUCAGGAAUGCCUUCUAUGUCCUCUUCCCCAUCUGGUUCCAUCUUCGCGAAGCUGUGGGCAUUAAACUCCUCUGGGUAGCUGUGAUUGGAGACUGGCUCAACCUCGUCUUUAAGUGGAUUCUCUUUGGACAGCGUCCAUACUGGUGGGUCAUGGACACCGACUACUACGGCAACACCUCCGUGCCACUGAUAAAGCAGUUCCCAGUCACCUGCGAGACUGGACCAGGAAGUCCCUCUGGUCAUGCCAUGGGUACAGCAGGUGUAUACUAUGUGAUGGUCACAUCCACCCUCUCUAUGUUUCGGGGAAAGAAAAAGCCAACCUACAGAUUUCGGUGCUUGAAUGUCAUUUUGUGGUUGGGAUUCUGGGCAGUGCAGCUGAACGUCUGUUUGUCCCGAAUCUACCUUGCUGCUCAUUUUCCCCAUCAGGUUGUCGCUGGAGUCCUAUCAGGCAUUGCUGUUGCUGAAACUUUCCGCCACAUCCAGAGCAUCUACAAUGCCAGCCUCAAGAAAUAUUUUCUCAUUACCUUCUUCCUGCUCAGCUUUGCCAUUGGAUUUUACCUGCUGCUAAAGGGGUUGGGUGUAGACCUCCUGUGGACACUAGAAAAAGCCAGGAGAUGGUGUGAGCGGCCAGAAUGGGUCCACAUUGACACCACGCCCUUUGCCAGCCUCCUCAAGAAUGUGGGCACCCUCUUCGGCUUGGGGCUGGCUCUCAACUCCAGCAUGUAUCGGGAGAGCUGCAAGGGCACACUUAGCAAGUGGUUCCCAUUCCGCCUCAGCUGUAUUGUGGUCUCUCUCAUCCUCCUGCACCUCUUUGACUCUUUGAAACCCCCAUCCCAAAUUGAGCUGAUCUUCUACAUCCUGUCCUUCUGCAAGAGUGCAGCGGUGCCCCUGGCAUCUGUCAGCCUCAUACCCUACUGUCUUGCCCGGGUCCUGGGCCAGCCAGACAAGAAGUCUUUGUAAAGGAUGUGGAGUCUUCAGUAUUCAAAGUCAAUGACUGUGCCAACGAUUGAGGAUGGCUAGGAUAUUCUGCCAGCCUGUUUUGGGCCAGAGGUGCUAGAGUCAGCUGAGAAAGCCUUGUCUGUUAAAAGUUCGGUCAUUCUGGAUUUUUCCCUGAAGACUUGCUUGUUCUUUUAGACAUACAAAAGCAAGACUUCCAGGAAGGGUCAGUUCAUCAUCCCAGGUGGGAGAUCCCCACUGAAAAUUUUCUACCUGUCCCCAUCCUUACCCAGACAAGGGAAAGGAGCAGUGAAUUUGAUAGGGAAAGCAGGACCAUUAAGGAAGACUUUUUAGGAUCUUGUGUAUCAUGCAAUUUAUGUUAAACAAUACCUAAAUGGCUUUGUUCAUAUUUGAAUCUUUAGGUAAGGGACUCUCAAUAGUGGGGGACCAACUUAAAGUCUAAUUAUAGGUAGUUAGUGGGGUAAUUCUGCUUCUUGUAUUUUUCUAUUAUAUACCUAUGGUCAUUGUAUUUACGAGGCUUUCUGAAUGGCCACAGAGACCUAGAUUUGUACUAGGUCGGAGCAUUCAGGUAUAGUCAGCUUCUCUUCUAUCACACUAGAUCUUCCUCCUUGUUAGCUCAGCUCUGCUUUCCCUAGAAUUUUCCACUAGCCCCACAUCCUGUCGGAUGCUCAGAUGCCUAAAGGCAACUCUGGGUAGUGCUUUGUAUGGUCUAGUUAAGUUCUGAAAUCUUGGGCAAAAAGGCGAGGAGAGGGCAGGGAGAGACAAGGAUUCCUCUCUCCAAAAGGUCACUCCAAUGUUACUUUUGAUUCCUAGAGGGUAAAUAUGACUCCUUUCUCUAUCCCAAGCCAACCAAGAGCACAUUCUUGGAGGAAAAGUCAGCUCUUCCUUGUCUGUUCUUCAGUCUCAGUUGAUUUGUAGAAUAUGCCUUAAAAAAAUGUUAAAGUCUAUUUAUUUGAGAGUCCUUGUUUUUGCUACUAAUUAUACAGUUCGCCAUAUAUUACCAUUCACACCAAUCAUCCUG